GCAGACACCAACCAAACAUGGAGAAUAACCGAGAUAGAGAACAACUUUUGGCCCUAAAAGUGAUGCGGCUGACCAAGCCUAGUCUGAUGCCCCACCAGCCGCUGAUCGCCGAGUCUAGAGACCUGUGUGGAGACGUGCUCAGUCGCCUCAAUGAUGCUGAGAUCGCACGAACGCCGGGGCUAUGUUCAUUCCCGCUGGGCAACCUCUUGACCUUACCCCAAAACUUCGGCAACAUAUUUCUGGGUGAGACGUUCUCUAGUUACAUAAGUGUCCACAACGAUAGCAGUCAGCUCUGUAAGGAAAUAACUCUCAAGGCUGACUUGCAGACAGGCUCCCAGCGCUUGUCCUUGUCCACUCUCAGUUCUCAGCCCAUUCCAGAACUCCAACCUGACCACAGCAUUGAUGACGUCAUACAUCAUGAGGUUAAAGAACUUGGCACACACAUAUUGGUGUGUGCUGUCAGCUAUAUGCUCACAUCAGGCGAGAGGAUGCAGUUCCGCAAGUUUUUUAAAUUUCAGGUUUUGAAACCACUGGAUGUAAAGACCAAGUUCUACAACGCUGAGAACAUCAAAGAUGUACAGUCUGAUGAGGUCUACCUGGAGGCUCAGAUCCAGAACAUCACACCUGGCCCCAUCUACAUGGAACAUGUCAGUCUGGACCCUUCACCACAAUACACAGCCCUGGAGCUUAAUGCCAAGGAUGGAAAGGAAGGGUCCCAGCCAGUGUUUGGCACCAUGGACUGUCUGAGCCCUAAUGACACCAGGCAGUACCUGUACUGUCUGGCUCCCAGACCUGAGCUGUAUGCAGACACGCGACUCCUCAAGGGUGUGACCAAUAUUGGGAAACUGGACAUCGUUUGGAAGACAACCAUGGGAGAACGAGGUCGUCUGCAAACAAGUCAGUUACAGAGGGUGGCCCCAGGUUAUGGGGACAUACGUCUGACAGUGGAGUGUGUUCCUGACACUGUAGCACUAGAGUCUAACUUUGAUAUCAUCUGCAGAAUCACUAACUGCUGUGAGAGAAUCAUGGACCUGACACUGGUGCUACAGAACAUUGCUCCAUCCUCUGGCUUGCUGUGGUGUGGUGUGUCAGGCAGACAGCUGGGCAAGCUACCACAGAAUGAAAGUCUGGACAUCCCAUUGUCACUCAUUGCUGUAGUGCCUGGUCUGCAGACAAUAUCAGGCCUGAGACUGACAGACAAUUUUUUGAAGAGAACUUACGAACACGAUGAGAUCGCUCAAGUUUUUGUUGUCUCUGCUUGCUCUUAAAGCCAGGAACUUUGUCAUUAGUUUAGAACUUGAAUGGGACUUUUUUACAUUGAAAUUAUUUUUGAACUAGAAUGUCUUUAACUUUUUUUGAUGCUUCAUAGCUCAAGUUCUAGAACUUUGUGUUUAACUCAAGUUCUAGAACUUUGACUUCCAGCUUAAGUGUAGGCUGUCCUUGACUUACUACUUGUGAUAUUUGUUGUCCUAAUUAACUAUUACAUGUUCAAUGUUAGCUACUAGGUUUAAAGUUGCGUGAUAGUUGGGUUGGUCAGAUAGAUUGAUGUGGUACUUGGGUUGGUCUGAUGGAUGGAUGUGGUACUUGGGUUGGUCUAAUUGGGUUGGUCUGGUGGAUGGAUGUGGUACGUGGGUUGGUCUGAUGGAUGGAUUUGGUACUUGGGUUGGUCAGAUGGAUGGAUGUGAUACUUGGGUUGGUCUACUUGGGUCGGUCAGAUGGAUGGAUGUGGUACUUGGGUUGGUCUGAUGGAUGGAUGUGGUACUUGGGUUGGUCUGAUGGAUGGAUGUGGCACUUGGGUUGCCUGUACAUUCCAUUAGUUCAGUCAAGAAGCAAAGGUACCAAUUGACAACCAGUAAUUGUUUGAUCAUAAAAUUGUGUCCUUACAAGAAGAACGUACAAAUUGACUCAUUCCAUAAGGUAAGGUUGUGCUGGAAUACAAGUCUAGUAAUUACCAAAUCAUUUAUACAUGUAUUCUAGUGUCAAUUUUUUGUAUUGUAAACAUAAAUUUAAAACACCAAUGGAAUAAAACAUCUUGGGAUAUACAGGGAGCUGGACUUAUGCCUGAAAUAAAGGCACAUGCCUGAAUGGCAUUUGUCUGAAGCUUGGUUCCCUAAAGUUACCUCAAAGUCAACACAUGACUGAAUGGGACAAAUGCAUGGAAAUGGAAGUCAUUAUAGAUAAUCCAAUAGAAGUUCUAAAAGCAAGAUUCUGGUUAAUAACUCAUCUAAGCUUACAAAAACAAAGUUUUUAAAAGAUUUUUAAGGUUUAAUUGAUGCGUUGAGGUGGUAAUACCAAAGCUACUAUUUUAUAAAACAUCUGAGAAAAAAUGGUGAUUUAUUAUCAUUUCAUAGCUAGAAAAAGAAAUUAAUUCUCUGGUUUAUUUUUUAUACUUUGUUACACUUGUUUUUUCACCACAAAACAAAAAAUAAGUUUAAUUUUCAGUGAUUUAUACGUAAGUUUUGGUCCUUAAAAUAUUUUCAGGCCAAUGCUUUUUGGGCAUAUGGCUUUGGGCUCUUUGUUAAAUUGAGGCAAACUUCUAUUGGGCAUUAGACCAAGAUAAACAUGAGUUAGUGAGCAGGCAGUGAGUGGCUCACACCAUCACAAGUUGUCUAGAGAAAUGAGAGAUUUAUGUGGGCUCUUUCUGUUUUUAUCAUUUUAUAUUCCAAGUCAAGGCAUAUCAGGGGACUUUACUCUGAUUAAUGCUUGUUUUAUUUAAUUUACAACCCUUGUUUUUUAUGUAUAGAAUGUUUAUCUGAUUGUUGUAAUUGGUUGUCAUCACAACAAGCAAAGAUUUUCACCAUGUGCAAUACAAUAGGUUACCUAUCAGAGAUA